UCAGUAGCCAUCGCAACCAGGGGUGACGUGGAACCUGAAGCGGUCUGUCAACAGCGCGAAUCACAUGGCCAUAACUGGCCCGACCAGUUUGGUUUCCCCAGAUUUAAUUAGUAAAACCACACGCGUUCGGAAAAAGUGACAAUUUUUCAAAUAAUUAUUUGACAGUUUAACAUCAUUUUUGUCGUUUUUCCCCGCAUCGUCGCGUCAAAGGCGAGACGCGUGCCGAUGACGUAAUCACCCAUCCCUCGUUGAAUGUUUGGCUAGUCGAGUGCAACACCAGGAAGCGAGAUGAGCUAAUUGCUAAGUGCUAAGAGCCCUCCGCUGCCGUUGCUUUGAUCGACGCCAUGAAAUCGCACCAAAUGAGCUCAACGUCGGUAGCUUGACAACACAGGAGGAUUCUAACUUGCCAUUUCGACGGCUACUCAAGCUCCACGUUGUCCCUGGCCGUGUCGCCGCGUGACCGUUCGGGGGUUGGACGGCAGUCGGUGUGAGCCGCUUCCUCCAUCGUUUUGGCCGGCUAGCGUAGCUUCUCUUUUCUCUCUCUGCGGGAAUAUGGCCGUGGUGCACCGAGCUGGCGUCGUGGUCGGAUUACUGCUCCUCUUUCUUCUGGAUGGCUCCAGGGCAAGGAUACACAAACUCAGCCUGAGGAAUGAAACUCGCUUUUUCGUCCACCUCAACACUUUUGGCUUUUACGCCAACGGCACGCUGGACGUGAACCUGCGCUCCCUGCGCCUCCCACAAAAGCUGGUCAACUACAGCGCGUACCCAGUCGGAUUUAGCCUAUCAAGGUCCCGCGUGAGUGGAGUCUUAUCUUACACGGCUGAAGAAACUGAGACGUGCCCCCUCUCGCUCACUAAGAUGGUCAACAAUGAACCGCUCAUCCUUUUUCUUUUUGACGUCAGCAGCCUCAGCGUCAACGUGCGCGUCCUCGGAGAUCAAGACAGCAUAUUAACUGGCAAGCCGAAGGCCGGUGCUCAGAUCAAAGAGGGAGGUCAGAGGUCGAGCAGGGAGGCUCCUGCUGAGAUUCCAGCUAAGCCGGCGGAGCCGGCGAAAGAUGGUGAUAAGAUUUCGGACAAAACGGCAGAUGACGCAAACGCAAAACCGAAGCCCGUAGACCCCGUGGAUGAGACGAAGAAAGAGAAAACGGCGGAAAAUCCGCUGCUUGAAUUCCCGUUGGCGUCCACCAAACAGCUGGCGCUUGCGUUGGAUAAGGUUAACGACACCUACGCCUUCAGUUUCCACCUGCUUCUGGGCCUGCUGUCCGAAGGCCUGUACAACUUCAACUUCUACUACUGCCAGAACAUGGUGGCGACCUUCGACCUGCCGUACUCCUUCACCCUGGAGGUGACCGAGAAAAACCCCGGAGGCUUCUUGUCGGCUGCCGAAAUCCCGCUCUCCCGCCUCUACAUCGGCAUGGCCGGAGUUUUCUUCACCGCCGCCAUGGUGUGGGUGUACACGCUGAUGAAGCACAGGUACAACGUGUUUAAGAUCCACUGGCUGAUGGCGGCGCUGGCUUUCACAAAGUCCACCUCGCUUGUUUUUCACAGCAUCAACUAUCACUUUAUCAACACUGAGGGGCAUCCCAUCGAAGGCUGGGCUGUCAUGUAUUACAUCACUCAUCUGCUCAAGGGGGCACUGCUGUUCAUCACACUGGCACUGAUCGGCACCGGCUGGGCCUUUGUCAAGUACAUCCUGUCCGAUAAGGAGAAAAAGAUCUUCAUGAUCGUCAUCCCCCUACAGUGUCUGGCCAACGUGGCGUACAUCAUCAUCGAGUCCACAGAGGAAGGCUCCAGCGAGUACCCGCUGUGGAAGGAGAUCCUCUUCCUGGUCGACCUCAUCUGCUGCGGCGCCAUCCUGUUCCCUGUCGUCUGGUCCAUCCGUCACCUCCAGGAGGCUUCAAGCACGGACGGAAAAGCCGCCGUUAAUUUGGAGAAGCUCAAGCUCUUCCGCCACUACUACGUCAUGAUCGUGUGUUAUAUCUACUUCACGAGGAUCAUCGCCAUCCUGUUGAAGGUGACCAUGCCCUUCCGGUGGCAGUGGUGCUACGAGUUCCUGGUGGAGGUAUCCACUCUGAUCUUCUUCGUGUUGACGGGCUACAAAUUCCGGCCCGCCUCCAACAAUCCGUAUCUCCAGCUGCCCCAGGACGAAGAAGACGAAGAGAUGGAUGAAAUAGUGACGGAGUCGGGCGCCCUGGAGGGCAUCUCCAAAGUCAAGAAGACGUCUAAUGGACGCGAGCGGCAGAAGGAGGCCACCUUGUGAGCGGAGGGGGGGAGGGGCAGAGCUUCAUUUGGGGAGGGGCACCACGCGACCGGAUGGCACAGAGCGGCGCGCGCACACACACACACGGACCAAGGCUUGUUCACGGCCUCCCCGUUUUCCGGACGCUCCUUCCCACUGCCCGGCUAUGCAAACGGACUUCUUUGUGUCAAUGGACGGACAAAUGGACGGAUGGACGGAAGGACAAGAGGCCUGACCUCGCUCUCACUCUCCAAAGACUUUUUCUUUUUUUCGGGUGUGAACGUGUGUCUAUUUAACUCGGUACUUGUGCAUUAGCCUUCCUCCCAUCGCGCGUGUGCAGGUCCCGAGAACACAAGAAGCCUCCCUCACGUGCUCAGGUUCCCCCCCUUCCUACCUCCCUUUUCCUCCCCCUCCCCGGUCGCUCGCAAAUUUCGGGGCUCGCCGACCGGUCGAAGCCACCGUGUUACAUUUCGAACGUUUGAGGUUGGACGUGUCAAUGGAUUUGCUUAUCGGUUGGGGUCAGUAUUAUAUUGAUAAGGUGAGCCCAUAUUAUUGAUCAGAGACCCAACCGCCUUUUUUUUUUUUUUUUUUUUUUUGGUCUAUUUGGUGCCACUCUGAAACUCAACCAGAUCAUUGCUUCUCUCUGCUUUUUUUUUUUUUUUUUUUUUUUUCUUUCUUUCCAUUUUUUAGCCUACUACUCUGGAUAUGAUGCCUGUUUUAUUGAUAAUUGUUGAUUGAACUUCUUGGCAUUGAAAGGUGUGUGUAGUGAUUUCAUAAAUAAUGAGACACAGAGGUCUCGAAACGAAACACUCGGGUUUACUUUCACUUGUUUGAGAUACAGUAGCGCGACUGCAAGGCAGGACAACUUUUUGGACGUGACCUCACACACUUUGCGCGUAAGAACUCAGUUGUUGGUGAGAUGUGGAUAGAACUUUACUGAAGUUUUCUUUUUUUUUUCAUGUCUGUGAGCUGUCAAUAAUAAAGCUGAUAUUCUGGGUGGGU